AUGGACCUGCGCACGGCUGUGUACAACGCGGCCCGCGAUGGGAAGCUGAAGCUGCUGCAGAAGCUGCUGGGCAGCCGGAGCCGGGAGGAGCUGGAGGCGCUGACGGCAGGGCCCGGCGGGGGCGACGGCCCCGGGGGAGGGAGCACCCCGCUGCUGAUCGCCGCCCGGCACGGGCACCUGGAGGUGGUGGAGUACCUGCUGGAUCACUGCGGAGCCCGCGUGGAGGAGGGAGGCUCUGUCAACUUCGAUGGGGAGACCAUCGAGGGGGCCCCGCCGCUCUGGGCGGCCUCGGCUGCCGGGCACCUGGGAGUGGUGCGCAGCCUCCUGGAUCACGGCGCGUCAGUGAACCAGACCACGCUGACCAACUCCACGCCGCUGCGGGCUGCUUGCUUUGAUGGGCACCUGGAGAUUGUGCGCUACUUAGUUGGGGAGCGCGGGGCUGACCUGGAAGUAGCCAACCGUCACGGACACACCUGUUUGAUGAUUUCUUGCUACAAAGGGCACCGGGAAAUUGCACGUUACUUGCUAGAGAAAGGGGCUGAUGUCAACCGCCGGAGUGUGAAGGGGAAUACGGCCCUGCAUGACUGCGCUGAGUCCGGCAGCCUGGAGAUCCUGCAGCUAUUGCUCCGCUCCAAAGCCCGCAUGGAGAAAGAUGGCUAUGGCAUGACUCCGCUGCUAGCUGCCAGUGUCACCGGCCACACCAACAUUGUGGAGUACCUCAUCCAAGGAGGGCUGCAGCAGCAGGAGGAGGAGGAAGCUGCUGUGGAAGCACUGGAGUUGCUGGGUGCUACGUUUGUGGAUAAGAAACGUGACCUUUUGGGAGCCCACAAGUACUGGCGAAGGGCGAUGGAGCUUCGCUGUGAGGGAGGGCAAUACCUGCCUAAACCUGAGCCCCGGCAGCUGGUGUUGGCCUACGACUAUUCCCGGGAAGUGAGUUCGCUGGAGGAACUGGAAGCCUUGAUUACUGAUCCAGAUGAGAUGCGCAUGCAGGCACUGCUGAUUAGGGAGCGCAUCUUGGGUCCUUCCCACCCAGACACUUCCUAUUACAUCCGUUACCGAGGAGCAGUCUAUGCUGACUCUGGCAACUUCGAACGCUGCAUUAACCUGUGGAAGUAUGCUCUGGACAUGCAGCAAGGCAACCUGGAGCCUCUCAGCCCGAUGACUGCCAGCAGUUUCCUUUCCUUUGCUGAGCUUUUCUCUUACGUGCUUCAGGACCGCUCCAAAGGCACUUUAGCUACCCACUUGGGCUUCUCUGACCUCAUGGGAGUACUGAGCAAAGGGGUCCGGGAGGUGGAGAGGGCUCUUGUGCAUGGCAAGGACCCUGUAGUUGACUCAGCGCAGUUCACCAAGACACUGGCCAUUAUCCUCCACCUGGUCUUCUUGCUGGAGAAGGUGGAGUGCACCCCGGAGCAGGAACACCAGAAGCGCCAGACUAUCUACCGCCUGCUAAAGUGCAGCCCCCGGGCCAAGAAUGGCUUCACUCCUUUGCAUAUGGCUGUGGACAAAGAUACCACAACAGUGGGACGUUAUCCUGUGGGCAAGUUCCCAUCGCUCCACGUUGUGAACUUGCUUCUGGAGUGUGGGGCUGACCCAGAUAGCCGUGACUAUGACAACAACACCCCGCUGCAUGUUGCUGCCCGCAACAACUGCCCGCUGAUCAUGAGUGCCCUGAUGGAGGCUGGAGCCCAUAUGGACGCCACCAAUGCCUUCAAGCAGACUGCUUAUGAGCUGCUGGAUGAGAAGCUGCUCACCAAGAGCAUGAUGCAGCCCUUCAAUUACAUCACCCUCCAGUGCCUUGCUGCUCGCGCCCUGGACAAGCACAAGAUUCCCUACAAGGGUUUCAUCCCCGAGGAGCUGGAAGCCUUCAUUGAACUGCACUAGGGCGGGAGAGCUGGAGUCCCCAGCCUUUCCCGUCACCUGUUUCACCCCGCAGAGGUAGUGCAGCCUGAGAUCUCAGGCCAUCCUUCCCUAGGUGCCGAAGGCCGUCGCUGUGCUGAGACAGGCUGCAAGCUUUGUCCUCAUCUGUCACCAUCAAGCUGGCGUGUGCAGGGGUAGGGGAGGAGGAGGCUCGAGAGCUCAUGGCUGUCCCUCAUUGUUGUCAUCUUCAGGUACCAGAUAUCUGCAGUGCACUGUAUCCCGAGGAGGCUGCAGCCCCUGCCUGUUCCCAUGCCAGCCCUCUUGUCCUGAGAAGGAAGGAAAAUGGAGAUCCCUGUGACCCGCUGCCUCUCCCACUACUGCUGGUUUAACUCAGCGUUAAGCUUUGGAGCAGCUACACAUCACACAUGUGCUCUAGCCGUUUCCAUCCCAAAUACUGAACAGAUAGGAAUCAAGUGAGGAAUAAAAUAUCUUCCAACUAAUUUUUUCCCCACCCCCUUCUCAGAUUUGGUACAGUACGAGUCUAACAGCCGAGUAGCUUGUGCUCUGCUGAGGUAGUUGCCUUGCCCGGCAGUAGGGCUGGGUAUGCUGAGGAUGUUUAUUUUUUCUCCCUUGGUUGGCCAAGUAGCAAGUGGUGUUAAAGGCCUGAGAUUUCAAUGAUUGUGCAUAAAGCUGGGUUAUUUUUUCUCUUCUAGAGCCAGGCCCUAUCUAUGCUGCAAGACUUCUUCAAUUCUGUAAGAUGUAGUAAGGUCAGUUCUGGUCACGUAGUUUCAUCAAUAGCUGUUGGGUUUUAUGAAUGGGGAGGAAAAACUGCUACCUUAAAAACAAAAUACUGAUGUGGCGUUCAGGCCCUUAGCUUGCCCAUUCUGCACACGUUUGCUCCCUUCCCCACGUGAAGGUCCUUUAGCUCCAGAGGUCAGCAGGGAUUGAGCUGUACAGCGGGGAUACGGCCAGGUUUCAGAGCCAAACCAGUGCAUUUUGAACCAUCUGUGAGGAUGUGCUCCUGCAAGCCCUCUAGGAUGGGAGGUACUUGCGGUGUGGGUGGUGCUUGGGGGGUUAUUAAAGCAAGUGAGUGCUGGUGGCAUGUUUGCAUGAGGGUGGUCUGAAGGAAGUUGCAAGAAAGAAAUGAAAGUUAAAGGUGCCGCCUUCUUCUGAGGUUUAUUAGUAUCAACUGGUUGGGCUCUAUUAAUUAUCCCAUUCUGAAAACCUACAUGGAGUGGGUCAUUAGCAUCUGGUUUUGGCUUUUGAUUCUUUUUGCAACUUUACUGAGGAUGGUGCUACUUCAAAGAUUGAAUUUGAAAUCUCAUUUGGCUGCUGUUCGGGCAAGCUCCUUUCUUUUAUUAGGAUCUGCACACAACUCAUUUUUCUCUUGAAAUCCAUAGUCUCAGGGUAGGCAUUUGCCUCCAUUAGCAGAACCCUCCUAGGUGGUAAACAGUCAGUGUUGGUAAACAUGAUGCUGUUCCAGCAGUUUAUCUUCUUGCAGGGGGAGUGGCUGGGCUUUGGCAGCCUGUGGCUCAUUUCUUGGCCCUGGGCAGAGUGGAAAGCACAGUUGGGGGUGAAGCAGCUGCCUCUGAGCUUUGGGAAAGGUCAAGACUGGGAGAGCAGAACCCUGAUAAACAACCAUGCACUAUAUGCUACUGAAGCUUCUCUACUUGUAUUUAUAAGCCAGCAUAUCCAUAUGCCUCAAUAAUCCAAUGCUCUCUGCCCCUUGAAGAUAAUGUAGAUCUGCCAUUACAUUUUUGCAGUGUUAACUAUAAUGUUUAUUUAUAAAGCAAGGAGGUUUAACUUUUAUUGAGAUGUAAAGUGCAGAGUUAGUUUAGCUACAUUCUAUUUUUUUUUCUCCUGUUGGCUGAAACCUGAACUAAACUGCAGGAAUGGAAUUUGUUAAUUUGUGAGCUGAUGAGCGCUCUUAACUUUAAAUAAUAAAACAAAAAAUGGCUGCUAGAAUGCAAGUGCCUUGGACUUCUUGCUGGUAAGCCUGUAUUUUCAGCUUGUUUCCUAGGGAUGGUACACUCGUGGGUACGGAAGUACUGGGUGUUGGCAAUCAACAGAUGGGAUUGUUUCAUUUCAUCUGGAUUUACUCCUGGGAAAAACUAAUCUGUACUGCAGUUGCAAACAUUUCCCCUGAAAAAGAGUAACACUGACACUGAAAUAACACCUCUCUUUAUAUACUUUGCCUUAUCUUUUGAUGUCAAUGAAACAGUGUGAAAGGAUGCUACUCUGUUAUUACUACUCAGGUUAUUACUACUCUGUUAUGCUACUCAGGUAUUACCUGCCUUGUAUACAGUUGGGACCGUGGGCAUAGCAAGGAGAAAGAGGGAUGCAGUGUGGCUGUCAUCAAUUUAUGUUUUUCAACCCCAGAGCUGUCAGUGGGAGGUCAAAAGCAGACAGAG